AUGCGCGUCCUCUGGAAGGGCGCGCUCCUCCUGCAUGAUGGGACACAGCUGCCUGGCGCCUCGAUCGUGACGACAAUGCAGCCGUGGACGCACCUGCGCACGCACUCAGGCGAGGAUGCCGGGAGCGACCUCGAGGCUGAGGCCGAGCUGUGCUUUGCGCUGGAAAUGGUGCGGCAUCACCCGCUGCGUGCGCGGCCCCGCUGGGAGACCAGCCCUGCGCGUGCGCCGCCCGAGACGCCCGAGACGACGUGCCGCGCGUCGGGGGCCAUCCAGAUGCAGGUGGACGCCGCGGACGACGUGACGCAGGCCUACUUUCUGCGCCUAUUUGGCAUGGAGGCGGCUCUGCGCCCGGGCGAGAGCACGCGGCAGGCACUGCACCUAACGUUUGAUCCGAGCGCGCGCACCGCCGGUCCGUCGUACCGCAGCGGCGCCGUGUUUGAGCUCGUGCUCCUGGGCCGCUGCGCGCACGAUGGCGUGCUGGAUCUCGUCGUUGGGCGCCAGGUCGCGGUGCGCAAGAGCGAUGUACCUACGAAGGACGGGUGCCCCGACGAGCCUCUACCGCGUGUCGCGGCCGCCGCGCGCGAGCGCGCCGCGAGCGUCUGGGCCUCGAGUGACGACGAGGCGCCCGUCACUCGAGUGGACAUGCGCAUGCGCCGGCGUGGACAGCUUCCCCACUCGCCGCGCCAGGGACGCGGCCACACGCCGGGCCGCCGAGGCGAGAAGCGCGGUGGGCGUGCGCCGCUCGAGCCGGUGCGGCCGAUGGAGCGCAUGCGCAGUCCGGCGAGUGGCGCGUGGCGACCGGUCGUCGCGCCCAUUGCCGUCGCUGGCCGCGGCGCGCCGGACCCCGUCGUGGAGCAGCAGAACCGCACGCGCAUCAAAAAGCUCGUCCACGCGCAGCUCGCGGGGCGCGGCAUCGACCGCGCACACCCGGACCAUGCGCCGUGCUUCCAGAUGGCGUAUGCGGGCACCUGCCUCGUGUUCCGGCAUGCACUCGACAGCGCGCCACUCGAGACAGCGGCGCUCGUGCCGGUAGUCACCGCGCACCUCGACAUGUACAUCCACCCCGCCCAGCUGGCGCUGUGCGCGCGUGUCUCGUAG